UCUUUCCUUAAAUAACAAUCUCUGAUACUCACUUCUUUCUAUAUUCUUCCGGCCAAAUUAAAAGAGGUUUUGUAACUUUAAUUUCUCUUUCUCCCCGCCCCCCAUGUGUUAUUGCCACUUUAUUUUCCUUCGAUAAUUUACUCCUUUUUCUCUCUCGCACGAGUGUGAGUGAGUAUUCCAGUAGUCUCCUCUUUUUUAUUUAUAUUCUUGUUCUAUCUAUCUUUUAAGAAUCAAACCCUUUUUUCUUUCUUAUAUAAAUUCACCCCCCUCAUUUUCCUUUCAAUGCCACUUUGAUACCAAAAAAUUACUGCCACAAAAUGGAAAACACACCUGCUAUUUCUUCUUCUUCCUCCCCUUGUUGUUCUUCAGUUAAAUACACUGAACACAAAACCCACAUUUCCGUCACCGCACAAAAUACCCCCGUCAACAAAAUCGUCAGAAUCUCCGUCACCGACGCCUACGCCACCGAAUCUUCCGGCGACGAAUCCGAGCCCCUCCCAACUCGUAAACGCAUCAAAAAAUUCGUUACUGAGGUUAAAAUCACUAACACAACUCCCACGGCUACUACUACACCAACCCCAUCUUCUUCCGCCGUUCACUCUAACGGAAGGUCGGCGGCAGGCCGUAGAAAGACUCAAUCCAACGUGGCAGCCAACAAAAAGCUGAAGGUGACCAACGGGAAAAAGUUUCGGGGUGUUAGACAACGUCCAUGGGGUAAAUGGGCUGCAGAGAUCCGAGACCCGACCCGAAGGGUCAGGUUAUGGCUUGGGACUUAUGACACUGCUGAAGAAGCUGCUAUGGUUUAUGACCACGCGGCUAUCCAGUUGCGUGGACCUGACGCGCUCACUAAUUUCACUUUCCCAACAAAAAUGGAUAAUGAGGAUGAUGAUGUUGAUAAAAAGUUGACUUCCGUUGACUCCGGUUAUAACUCCGGUGAUGAGUCACAGACAAAUACUAAGCCAAUGUCGCCUAAAUCCGUACUACGCUGUUCCUCGUCUUCAACUGAUGAGUUUGUGGCCGAGUCAACUCACCCAAGUCCAGUGCACGACGUCGUCUCGGAACACAAAGUUUCUGAAGAAAGCUUUUCGGAUUUUUGCCGGUUUGAUGACCCGUUUUCCAAUUUGGGUCUUUUUGACUCUCCUGAUUUCGUACCGGAUAUCUAUGACCCCACUACCUUCCCGAGUACCGCAUUUGAAGGGGCCGAGCCAGAGGGAUUGUUUCUCGGGUACGGUAAUGAUUUCGGGUUCGGGUCAUCAACCUGGCCUGCUGACGAUUAUUUACAAGACUAUGGUGAUAUAUUCGGGUCGGGUUUGGAGCCUCUUGUUUCACUAUAAAAAGGGAAGGAUCGGGUCACCUUUCAGGAUUUUUUGUACGGAGAUAUAUAUCUAUAUCUUAUAUCAUUAUAUUAUUUUUUAAGUUUAAUUGGUUUUUUAAUAUAUUAUUUUAAGUGUAUAAAUAUCAGUGUAAUAACUCCGUUAAAAUGUGACGGACGAGAUCAGAUUUUGGCAUUUUGGGAUACAAAAGGGUAACGGCCGUUAAUUAGUACGAAGGUACUGUAUUGUAAUGCAAGGCACGUGUUAGAACACGUGACCAGCAAAAGUUUAACUACUAGGAAAUUAGGUGAAGAAAUGAAAUGGAAUGAAUGCUUACAUGUUU